GGGCGCCGCACUCGCUGAGGCCCGACGCAGGGCCGGGCGCGCCCAGGGCCGGAGCGCAGCGGCCGGAACGGCCCGGAGGCGACGCCGGGGCCGAGCGCGCGACGAGCAGGUGGCGGCGGCUGCAGGCCUUCAAGUUGGAAGCCUCUGAGGACGAUUGCUCACCCCACUGACCCUGCUGACCCUGGGCCACGGACGGCUGUUCUCAGUGAAGGGCCCUGCACUCGCUACUGAGCUGUGGCCAUGGGCCUGCUUGCCUUCCUGAAGACCCAGUUCGUCGUGCACCUCCUCAUCGGCUUCGUCUUCGUGGUGAGCGGGCUGAUCAUCAACUCCAUCCAGCUCUGCACGCUCGUCCUCUGGCCCGUGAACAAGCAGCUGUACCGCCGGCUCAACUGCCGCCUUGCAUACUCGCUCUGGAGCCAGCUGGUCAUGCUUCUGGAGUGGUGGUCAUGCACGGAGUGCACCCUGUUCACCGACCAGGCCACGGUGGGCCACUUCGGGAAGGAGCAUGUGGUCAUCAUCCUGAACCACAACUUCGAAAUCGACUUCCUCUGUGGGUGGACCAUGUGUGAGCGCUUUGGCGUGCUGGGGAGUUCCAAAGUCCUGGCUAAAAGGGAGCUGCUGUACGUGCCCCUCAUCGGCUGGACGUGGUACUUCCUGGAGAUCGUGUUCUGCAAACGGAAAUGGGAGGAGGACCGGGAUGCCGUCAUCAAAGGGCUGAGGCGCCUGGCUGACUACCCCGAAUACGUGUGGUUUCUCCUGUACUGUGAGGGCACGCGCUUCACGGAGAAGAAGCAUCGGGUCAGCAUGGAGGUGGCCGCCUCCAAGGGGCUGCCCGUCCUCAAGUACCACCUGCUGCCUCGGACCAAGGGCUUCACCACCGCGGUCCAGUGCCUCCGUGGGACAGUCGCAGCUGUCUACGACGUCACACUGAACUUCCGAGGAAACAAGAACCCGUCUUUGCUGGGGAUCCUCUACGGGAAGAAGUACGAGGCGGACAUGUGUGUGAGGAGAUUUCCUCUGGAAGAGAUCCCGCUGGAUGAAAAGGAAGCAGCUCAGUGGCUUCAUAAACUCUACCAGGAGAAGGAUGCGCUGCAGGAGAUGUAUAACCAGAAAGGCGUGUUUCCGGGGGAGCAGUUCAAACCCGCCCGGCGGCCGUGGACACUCCUGAACUUCCUCUUCUGGGCCACACUUCUCCUGUCUCCUCUCUUCAGUUUUGUCUUAGGCGUCUUUGCCAGUGGGUCUCCUCUUCUGAUCCUGACGUUCCUGGGGUUUGUCGGGGCAGGUAAUGCACGGGCGCGACGGCGCGGCUUGAGGUUGGGAGUCUUCCAUGUGCCGGCUGCGGCGCCCAGGCCUGGAGAUGGUCACCUGGGAGCCGGGAUGCAACCUGAGCCUUGCCGGCCUCAGAGAGCUGCUCUGGCCACUGAGCCACAGGGCCGUGAAGGCCACAGCCAGAUUCCAGGGCCAUCUGUCCAGAAAGCUGGCCGGCCAUCCGCCCGCCUGGCAUCUCCUUCUAAGAGCUGUGUGGGGAGGGCCUGGGCCACCGGUUUGAGCUCGGGCAGUUAGGGGCGUGGGCUGGUGUGAUGGGCUGAGGUUCCCAGGACGCUUCCGAGGCCCUGCAGCCCUGAGUGCACUGCUGGGCACCCGGUCCGCCGGGCACCUGGCUGGGCACUACGGCCCUCAGCCCUGGCUGAGAACUGCACCCUGCAGCGGGCGCACACUCCCCCGGGCUGGUGGGGGAGCAGAGCUGGCCGCCUCCCGGGACAGGCUGAGUGGGCAGGGCAGGGCAGGGAGGGGCGGAGGAGGGGAGAAGGCCGCUGCCCCCCCCCAGGGAAG